CUCUCUCUCAUCAACGAACACGACGCACCUCCGCUCCCCUUCCCUUCCCUCCGUCGAGUGCCUCGCGCUGAAGCAGACCGCCAUGGCGUCGAAGCUCCUGACCCGAGUCCGCACCGUCCCCGCUCGUCUGGGAUAUCCGCGGCCGCUUUCGCCGACCCUCGCUGCCUUCGCUCCUUCGAGGCUCCUCUCCGACGCGGCCGCGGCCGGGGCCGGCGAUUCUCCUCCCGCUUCCGCCUCGCCGGCUCCUCGACCUUCCGGAAGCUCCGGGAAGCUCGAGCAUAAUGCGGGGAGCUCCUCCGUUCGCUCGUCUCUGAAGGAUCCCGAGCUGGCCAAGUUCUCCGCCAUCGCUGAUACAUGGUGGGAUUCCGAAGGCCCUUUCAAGCCUCUGCACCGGAUGAAUCCUACGAGACUCGCUUUCAUUCGCUCCACUCUUUGUCGUCAUUUCGGGAAGGAUCCAUCCUCUGCAAGGCCUUUUGAAGGUUUGAAAGUUGUAGAUGUUGGUUGUGGUGGUGGAAUUCUUUCGGAGCCGUUGGCCAGGAUGGGAGCUUCAGUAACAGGUGUGGAUGCUGUGGACAAAAACAUCAAGAUUGCACGCAUUCAUGCUGAUUUGGAUCCAGUGACUUCAACGAUUGAAUACUGCUGUACAACAGCUGAGAAGCUUGUUGAAGAACAGAGGAAGUUUGAUGCUGUGAUCUCUCUAGAGGUAAUAGAGCAUGUAGCAGAUCCUGCUGAGUUCUGUAAGUCACUCGCAGCAUUGACUAUUCCUGAGGGAGCUAUAGUGAUUUCAACUAUUAACCGUUCUAUGAGAGCUUAUGCUACUGCUAUUGUUGCUGCUGAGUACCUCCUCCGUUGGCUUCCGAAAGGUACACACCAGUGGUCGAGUUUCCUUACCCCUGAAGAGCUAGCAUUGAUCCUACAACGUUCUUCUAUCAGUGUCAAAGAGAUGGCUGGAUUUGUGUACAACCCCUUGACAGGAAGAUGGUCUCUUUCCGAUGAUGUUGGCGUGAAUUUUAUUGCUUUUGGAACGAAAAACAGCCAGUGAAUGAAUAUUCAUGAGAAAUAUCUCCUGCCAAAUGUUAACAGCUUUCGUGUUAGGUUUGUGUCUUAUACAUGAUUUUAAAUAAUAUGCUAAAUCUUUAUGGAAAAAAUAAAGAAAGAAAGAAGUCGUUUUCUUGUACUUUCUCAAGUCAAAACAAAUCCUCCUCGGGGAUUUUUUUUUUCCUUUGUAGGGGUCAUAUUUUCUUCUCCUAUUCUAAUUA